CUCUUUUUAACGCUCCCUUAUCUUCCAAUUAAAAAUUAGAUUUUGGGCUCAAAUAUGCAAAAUGAAACCAAUUAGACAAUAGCACCACUGAUCCAUAGCCCACCAAGAAAAAGCCAUGGUAUCAAUAUAAUUCAAUAUCCAAAAGAUAAGGAAAGGCAAGCCCAAUCCAUUAUGUUUUGUUUCUCUGUUCUAAAGAUCUCUCAUUUUUCAGCAGUCCCUCCUUCACUCCAGGGUCACCAUUCUUCCGCUAUUAGGAAAGAGAGAACAAGACCAGGAUAUACACGUUCUUUAUUCAUUUAAUGCCAUGUUUUCAUAGAAUUAUUUGCGGAAAUGUAUAAGGCCAGCAGAUUAGCGGCAACAGUUAGCUGUGGAGGUAACCCUUUUCAUACCAGGGCAUGUUUUUUUCAUUGCACCCCUGUUUUGGAGCGCAAAAGGCGUACCCACUGGGAUUCUAAAUUUAACGAGUAUCGCAAGAGGCUCAGGAAACAGAGUUUGUUGCGCAAUGUCGGUGAAUUUGCAGAGCGCCUAUUUGAGAGCUCGCGGUCAGAUACAGAUGAGUUUGAUCCAACUUCUGAUCGAGGGAGUUCAUGGUUCAGACCAAAUUUCAAGGAAAAUGGAUCUAAAAAGGGCAAGUCUAGAUAUAGGACUUCACAGGCAUUCACAAGAGAUUUCGAGUUCUAUGAAGAUGGUGAUGAAGUAGAAUUUGAGACUAUUUUCCGCUCGGCAUUUGGUGGGACCCGGGGCUUCUUUUGGUCCUUCACGAUUGAUGAUGGACCACAUUAUAGAAAUUCAUCAAGUUACUCUAGCAACUAUAGGACUUCUAGGGGUCGUAAAUAUCAGUAUGGAGAAGACUAUGAUUCAUCAUCUGAUUAUGAGAGUCCUAUGGUAGACAUGAGGUCUGAUAGGGUUGCUCUGGGGCUAGCUGCAUCCGGCCCUUUGAAUGUAGAAGACGUUAAAAAUGCAUAUCGAGCAUGUGCAUUGAAAUGGCAUCCAGAUCGACACCAGGGUUCUUCCAAGGUUGUUGCCGAGGAGAAAUUCAAAGCGUGCAGUGCGGCUUAUCAGUCUUUGUGUGAUAAACUUGGUCUUUUGUCCUGACGUGAUGGUUUUGCAGGAGAAAAAGCUGAUUAAAUCAGUCUAUCUAUACAUUUUCUGUAGGAAUCUGUAGUAAUAGAUGCUGCAAGUUGAAGAAUUGCAGCUUUUAAAUGAAGUUACUCGUGUAUUUGAGGAUUUGUAGCGACUUUCUCCGCUGUCUUUGCCCUCUGACCUUAGGACGAGAUUGGUGACGAAGCAGAACUGGUUUAGAUUGGAUCUUGAGUUAAAGUGAGUUAUUGAAUAAGUUAAUUGAGUGGAAUGUUGAGUUUGUAGUUUAAUAAAAUUUUAAAU